AUGAUCACUGGCACGAUCUCGGCUGAAACGGAGUCAAUGCGUCACGCAGCCGAAGUUCGGCUGCGUGCCCAGUCGAACGAGCUAAAACGAUUCCAUGACAAAAUUUGUCAGCGCGUGACGGAGCGAGAACGUCAAAAUCGACUUGAAGCCCAGCGCGCGCAGAAGAAUUUGGAUGCGAAGUGUGCAAAAGUGUUUUCAACUACAGUGCAGACACAGCCAACUGGGAACUCUGUGGCCACACGACUUUCAACUCGUCCGUACUUUCAGAAAUUGAUAAAAGACAAGAAAGCCAUUCUCAAGCUGGUCGAAGCAGGCGAACUCGCGACAAUUCAGACGAUAGCAUUAAAGAACACGGCAGUACGACUUCUACUGGAGUUACAGUGUACGUAA